CGACUCCAGGAUGCUGGCCUUCUAGGCAGGGUCCCUCUGUCCAGAGUCUGUGUUAUUUUUCCCAUCUUAACCUUUUCUUUUUAUUGGCCAGUCUGAGAUAUGACUUUUUCUUUGCAACUCUGCCUAGAAGACCAGCAUCCCGGAGUCGCCUCUUCACUGUUGGCUUUGAGACUGGUGUUUUGUGGGUACUAUUUAAUGAAGCUGCCAGUUGAGGACUUGUGAGGCGUCUGUUUCUCAAACUAGACACUCGAAUGUACUUGUCUAAUUGCUCAGUUGUGCACCAGGGCCUCCCACUCCUUUUUCUAUUCUGAUUAGUGCCAGUUUGCGCUGUUCUGUGAAAGGAGUAGUACACAGCGUUGUACGAGAUCUUUAGUUUCUUGGCAAUGUCUCGCAUGGAAUAGCCUUAAUUUCUCAGAACAAGAAUAGACUGAUGAGUUUCAGAAGAAAGGUCCUUGUGUUUGGCCAUUUUGAGCCUGUAAUCCAACCCACAAAUGCUGAUGCUCCAGAUACUCAACUAGUCUAAAUAGUUUUAUUGCUUCUUUAAUCAACACAACAGUUUUCAGCUGUGCUAACAUAAUUUCAAAAGGGUUUUCUAAUGAUCAAUUAGCCUUUUAAAAUUAUAAACUUAGCUAACACAAUGUGCCAAUGGGCCUCUGUACGCCUAUGUAGAUAUUCCAUUAAAAAUCUGCCGUUUCCAGCUACAAUAGUCAUUUAGAACAUUAACAAUGUCUACACUGUAUUUCUAAUCAAUUUGAUGUUAUUUUAUUGGACAAAAAAUGUACUUUUCUUUAAAAAAUAAGGACAUUUCUAAGUGACCCCAAACUUUUGAACGGUAGUGUAAAAUGACAAUUACGUUUGUUUGAAAAACAGAUUAUCCAGCCAUAUUUGUUCAAAAGAGCUUAUCUGAGAUUCAUUUUUCCUUUUCCUGAUAUAGAAUAUGUUAAUUACGUUUAGAAACUAAAAUAUUUGGGGUGUAGUCAAGAACCAUAAAAACUGAAACAGUUUGUCAAAAUGAUAGGAAACCAGAACUGUCACUGUAAUGAUCGAAUGAGUCCUUACUAAUUAGCUGAUCAUUCCAUUCUCCACGAACCAUUAGUAGUGUUGGUGAUAAUAUGGGUGGUACUAUUUUGUACUGAGGAGAGAGACAUUUGCUGAGGGCAUGGAAAACUCAAGGCGAGGUGAUAGGGUGACAAUCUGCCAGUACCUGACUUGCAUGGUAGCCAAUUUGAGUUUUACUGCUUUAAUAUAAUGCAUCAGAGGAACAGUGCAUUCCGCUAUGGUCAUACAUUUUACAGGUUUUAAAACAAACAAGACACAACUUCCUGUGAUAAUAAGUUUCAUGCUGAUCAUCAGAAAAUGGGUACUAUCUGUUCGUAAGAAUCCAUGAUCACAUUAGUAUGUACUGUAGAUUCCAACAUCCUGGUAAACGGAGUCCUACCUUUUCAACUGGGGACAUGCACCAACAAAGCUUAUUUUCAUGGCUCACAUAGCCAUAGACUAUAGGCUUAGUUCAUGGAAGAUGACAGCAAAUGAUAUAAGCAGUAACACAUCAGGUUUAAUAGUUAAUGAUUGGCCUGGUCAUUUUCACAGGUGCUCUUUACAGUUAGAACAUGUUUCCAUGAUGACAAGUUCCUCUUUUUGAAUGUGUAUUUUAAGGUUGCAGCUCACAAAAUAGCUGCCAGUUAGGGAGGGGUUCCAUUUGAAGCACCUGUGCUCAUUGCAAGGUCCUUACAGAUAUUUUUCUCGACUAUACAUACAAAAUAAUACAUUUUGAUAAUAACUUCUUUAAAUCUUAACCGGUGACCAUGCCUUCGUGUCACACAGACUGCAUUGAAAAAUCAGUGUCAAAUUGGUUUCAUAAACUUGGAGGUUUUGUUGGGAGAAAUCCAUGGUGGUUUCUACUUGUCCCUUUGUUCAUCUCUGCGGGGCUUGGGGCAGGAUUUUACUUCCUUGAAGAGAGAGAGGCGCAUGGCAUAGAGGACCAGUUUACUCCAAAGGACGGGCCUGCAAAACAGGAGAGACAUUUUGUCAAAGAACAUUUUCCUCAGAAUGAUUCAGAGUUCUCUCGUUUGCGGCUGUAUAACGAGGGGAGCUAUGGGUCUUUCAUCGCUGUUUCAAAGUCAUCCGAUAUCUUGAGUGAGAAGGCAUUUGAGGAGAUCAUAUAUUUAGAUGGAACAGUUAGAGAGAUGGUAGGACAAAAAGGAAAAACCUAUGAAAAACUUUGUGCCAUGAAAGGUAACAGGUGCUUUUCAAAUGAGAUGUUAGAUAUCAUUAAUGGCACAGCUAGUACAAUUAAGAAGGCAAACUUGACCUUUCCUUAUCAUAAUUCAACAUCAAACACCAUCUUUUUGGGGACAGAACUUGGUGGAGUAGUUUUGAAUUCAAGUAUCAUCGUUAGUGCAAAGGCUGUUCGACUCUUCUACUUUCUCAGAGAAAACAACGAGGCAGAAAAUGAUGAUUGGCUACAUGGGUUUACUCAAGUGUUUUCCAACUUGUCAGAUGAAUUGAAUAAGCGGCAGAUUCAAGUUUCAUACUUCACAUCUAAUUCUAGAGAGGAGGAGUUUAAGGAAAACUCCAAAUCUGUGAUUCCUCUCUUCUCCGUCACAUACUUCCUGGCCAUAAGUUUUUCAAUUAUAUCUUGCUUGAGGUUGGACUGUGUGAGGAACAAGGUGUGGGUGGCCAUCUUUGGUGCUCUAUCUGCAGGCCUAGCUGUGCUGUCCAGUUUCGGGUUGUUGCUGCUCUGUGGAAUGCCCUUUGCCAUGACUGUUGCAACGGCUCCUUUCUUAAUACUGGGAAUUGGUGUUGACGACAUGUUCAUCAUGAUUUCCUGCUGGCAGCAGACUCAAGUUCAUGACAACGUAGAGGACCGUAUGGCAGCUACAUACAAAGAGGCAGCUGUCUCUAUCACCAUCACAACACUAACUGAUGCCCUGGCCUUCUAUAUUGGUCUGUUAACUCCCUUUCGUUCUGUACAAUCCUUUUGUAUGUAUACUGGCACAGCUGUCCUGUUCUGUUACUUGUACAAUAUUACCUUCUUUGGUGCAUUUAUGGCAUUGAAUGGGAGUCGUGAAAAGGGUAACAGACACUGGCUGACAUGCAUGAAGGUUCCAGAACCAGAGGAUAGUCCUGAAAAGUACAAUAUCUGCUGUGUAGGAGGAGCUUAUGACCAGGAAACGGGAAAAGAGGAAGUUAUGCCCAUUAACAACUUCUUUAAGAUGUACUAUGGUCCAUUUCUAACAAAUAAUUGGACCAAGGUGUUUGUGAUCCUGCUCUAUGCUGGAUAUUUGGGCUCAAGUAUCUAUGGUUGCUUCCAAAUACAAGAAGGCAUAGACCUUAAAAACCUAGCAGCUGAUAGCUCAUAUGUGGGAAGCUAUUACGAUAAUGAGGACCAAUACUUUUCAGAGUAUGGUCCAAAUGUUAUGGUUGUUGUGACUGACAGUAAGUUUCAAUAUUGGGACCAAACUGCUCGAAAGCGUCUUGAUACUUGUCUGAACGUUUUGAGAGUCUAACGUUGGAUGGUCGAUCAUUGGUUGCUAAAGAUAUGACUCUUUCUUGGCUUAAUGAAUAUGUGAAAGUUAUAAAUCCAAAUAACAAAACCAUUUUCAUGGAUAGUUUACCUGCGUUUUUACAACGAUCAGACUUCAGACAAGAUGUGAAUA